AAUUCAGAGGGAAUUACUUCAGAGGUUAAAGCUGUGAAGUGAAGCAAUGAUUCCUGCAUUUCCUAUUUCCCAGGCUUCUUGUGAUCUGCUUGGUGAACACAUCCUCUUAAGAGACAUGUAUUGCCUUGAAAAGCCACGCUGUUCUUUGAUGUGAGCUGCAUAAAUUGUUGCUGUUGGACCCUGGAAUACAAUGCUUUAGGGUUGCAAUACUUCAAGAGCAUUUAGCUGCUUUUCCCAUGGAGCAGAGGUUUUUGGCAUAUAUUCACAGGCUCCGACAAGACAGUAAUGGAGUCAUUGGGUGGCAGCUGGUGACAGAUUCUGCAGUUCCAGUAACUGCUCAUUUUAAUAGCAUUUGCAGUUAUAUACAUCUAUAUCCCAUAUUUCUUUUGGAGAAAGUAGUGCAGCAUACCAGUGCUGCCUUGUAAGGAUGAUCGAAGAGUGAUAAAUGGAUGGAUUUCUGCUGCCCUUUCCACUGUUUGGGGAGAUAGAAUUUUAAACAAAAAUGGAAAAUGGUGGAGCUGCUCUGUUGUCAAAUUUGUAAGCCCUUCUCCAAAAGAAUGGCAGUGGAGCCUCGCUAUACCCUUAAACCAUGGGAAACGCAGAGAGCCAAAAUGUAGAACAUCAAUUUUAUGGAGAGAAACAUGCCAGCUUAGGAAGAAAACAUACAUCACGUUCCCUUCGCCUUUCGAACAAAGCAUCUCGCCGGACCAGACAUGCUUCCUCAGGAAAAAUUAUUCACAGGAAUUCAGAAGUAAGCACACGAUCUAGCAGUACUCCUAGUAUUCCUCAGUCAUUAGCAGAGAAUGGCCUGGAGCCCUUUACCCAAGAAGCCAACUUGGAGGAUUUUGGAAGCCCAAUCUGGGUAGACAGGAUGGAUAUGGGCUUAAGGCCAGUUUCUUACCACACUGAUUCUUCGGUCACUCCCAGCGUGGAUAGCAGCACAGUCCUCAUGGCAGCCUCAGUACAGAGCAUGCCAAAUUCAGAAAGCGGCAGACUUUAUGGAGAUGAAUCAACAUAUCUGGCUGAAGGGGGUAGCAGGCAACAUUUGUAUUCAACAAAUGGGACCAAUUUCUUGGAGCCUAUAAGUUUCAAGAAGAAACGUUCAAAAUCUGCGGAUAUAUGGCGUGAGGACAGUUUGGAAUUUUCACUUUCUGAUCUCAGUCAAGAACAUUUGACAAGCAACGAAGAAAUCCUAGGCUCUACUGAGGAGAAGGAAAGCGAGGAGACUCGAGGGAGAGAGGCGAGCAGCAGUCGCCAGCCAUUGGUCACCUGCCAGCGCGCCAAUUCCAUGAGUGACUUGUAUUCUCCAAAAAACUCAAAUGCUGUGAUCAAUGGGGGUCCACGAAAUACGCUAGGAGGGUACUGUCGGAAUUUAAUGUCUCAUAUUCCAGAUAUGGAGAACCACAAAAUGUCACCAGCCACAACAGAGAAUGUUCCUUCUUACAGUAAUUACAACACACUCCCCUGCAGGAAAUCUCAUUGCCUCUCGGAAGGAAUCACUCACCCAAAAAUGAGCCAUAGCAACAGUAUGCAUGGCAGACGAGCAAAAACAACUCAGGAUGUGAAUGCAGGUGAGGGGAGUGAAUUUGCGGACAGCGGGAUUGAGGGGGCAACGACUGACACAGACCUCCUUUCUAGACGUUCAAAUGCUACAAACUCCAGCUACUCUCCAACGACCAGCCGGGCCUUUGCUGGCAGCGACAGCGGCAGCUCUUCUACUGGAGAUGGGGCUCGUCAGGGAGUCUAUGAGAACUUUCGGAGGGAGUUGGAGAUGAGUAGCACCAAUGAUAACUUGGAUGAAGCUGGGUCUGCCCUGAGUGAUGAGCAGAGCAGUGGGACUUUGAGCUCCCCAGGACAAUCGGACAUACUUCUUACAGCAAGCCAGGGGACGGUACGGAAAGCAGGAGCGCUUGCAGUGAAGAACUUCCUCGUACACAAAAAGAACAAGAAGGUGGAGUUAGCCGCACGGAGGAAAUGGAAGCAGUACUGGGUUUCUUUAAAAGGAUGCACAUUAUUCUUCUACGAAAGUGAUGGCAGAUCUGGAAUAGACCACAACAGCAUCCCAAAACAUGCUGUCUGGGUGGAAAACAGCAUAGUGCAAGCAGUGCCUGAGCACCCAAAGAAAGACUAUGUUUUCUGCCUCAGCAAUUCCCUUGGUGAUGCUUUUCUGUUUCAGACUUCUAGUCAAACGGAACUGGAGAACUGGAUUACAGCAGUUCAUUCUGCUUGCGCGACUGCAGUGGCCCGACAGCACCACAAAGAAGACACUGUCAAGCUGUUGAAAACAGAGAUUAAAAAACUGGAGCAGAAGAUUGAUAUGGACGAGAAGAUGAAGAAAAUGGGGGAAAUGCAUUUCCUCAGUUUGUCUUCCGUCAGAGACUCUAAGAAGAAGAAGACAAUUCUUGAUCAGAUCUUUGUUUGGGAACAAAACCUGGAACAGUUCCAAAUGGAUCUCUUUCGGUAUCGUUGCUACUUAGCUAGCCUCCAGGGUGGGGAACUGCCAAAUCCAAAAACGUUGCUCGCGUUUGCAAGUCGCCCAACUAAAGAUGCAAUGGGCCGUCUUGGAAUCUUUUCAGUGUCUUCUUUUCAUGCACUGGUGGCCGCUCGCACAGGCGAAUCUGGUGUCAGAAGAAGAACACAGGUGAUGUCGAGAUCAGCAAGCAAACGGAGAAGCCGUUUCUCUUCUCUUUGGGGUUUGGACACAACUUCAAAGAAAAAGCAAGGGAGACCAAGCAUUAAUCAGGUGUUUGGUGAAGGAGCCGAUUCUGUAAAGAAAUCUUUAGAAGGAAUAUUUGAUGACACUGUUCAAGAAAGCAAGAGAGAAAAAGAAGUGGCGCUCACCACAGUCCACCCACAUAAUCCUGAUUCUGACAUCUGGGUUCAUGAGUAUUUUACACCAUCCUGGUACUGCCUGCCAAAUAACCAGUCUGCUCUGACGGUAGUUCACCCAGGGGACACAACACGGGAUGUCCUGGAAAUGAUUUGUAAGGCACAUCAGCUGGAUUACUCAGCUCACUAUCUACGACUUAAGUUCCUGAUGGAAAACCAAAUGCAAUCCUACAUACCAAAGCCAGAAGAGGAUAUUUAUGAAUUGUUGUAUAAAGAAAUUGAAAUCUGUGAGAAAAUUACUCAGAAAAUUCGGAUUGAAAAAUCUGACACGUCGUCUGAUAACUAUGGCUUUUCCCUGUCCUCUGUGGAAGAAGAGGGGAUUCGGCGGCUCCAUGUAAACAGCGUCAAAGAGACAGGCCUGGCUUUCAAAAAAGGCCUGAAAGCUGGUGAUGAGAUCGUUGAAAUCAAUAAGAAAGCUGCUGAAGACUUGAAUUCAGCCAUGCUAAGAGAUGUUCUUGUCCAGCCUUCUCUGUGCCUUACAGUACGGACUUAUCCUGAGAGAGAGGCAGGGCAGAAAAUAAUGCAGCUGCCGCAACGCCGCACAGAUGGUUCACUCGACCUGACCGACAGUCCAUUGCGCUCUGUGGGCAAUAGCCAAGGACACUUGUUCUGCAAUGAUCAGGACAGCUGUGCUGAGACAACUCCAGAAGAGGCAGAAGUGCAUGUCUUGGAGUCCUCCAGUGAGAGUGAUAAAACUGGCAAGAGCACAGAACAGGUUGCUGCUUUUUGUCGCAGUCUUCAUGAGAUGAAUUCGUCUGACUCUUGUGUGACCCCUCAGGAAUUUACUGGGCCUCAGCAAGCCGCUACAAGACAGCUAACCGAUGCUGACAAACUGCGCAAGGUUAUUUGUGAACUCCUUGAAACAGAACGCACAUAUGUCAAGGAUUUAAAUUGUCUAAUGGAGAGAUACCUGAUGCCUCUGCAAAAGGAAACGUUUCUCACUCAAGAAGAGCUUGACGUUCUCUUUGGAAAUUUGACUGAAAUGGUGGCAUUUCAGGUUGAAUUCCUGAAAACGCUUGAAGAUGGGGUGAGGUUGGUUCCAGAUCUGGAAAAGCUUGAAAAAGUUGACCAGUUUAAAAAAGUGUUAUUUUCCUUGGGUGGGUCAUUCCUUUAUUAUGCUGAUCGUUUCAAGCUCUACAGUGCCUUUUGUGCCAGCCAUACAAAAGUUCCAAAAGUUCUUGUGAAAGCUAAGACAGACACUGCGUUUAAGGCUUUUUUGGAUGCUCAGAAUCCCAGACGACAACACUCGUCAACGUUAGAGUCGUACCUCAUCAAGCCCAUCCAGAGGAUAUUGAAGUACCCUCUUUUGCUGAAAGAACUCUUUGCCCUCACUGAUGCAGACAGUGAAGAGCAUUACCACCUGGAUGUGGCCAUAAAAACAAUGAACAAAGUUGCCAGCCAUAUUAAUGAAAUGCAGAAAAUCCAUGAGGAAUAUGGUGCUGUGUUUGACCAGCUCAUUGCAGAGCAAACGGGAGACAAAAAAGAGGUUGCAGAUCUUUCUAUGGGAGACUUACUUUUGCACACCACAGUCAUCUGGCUUAAUCCUCCAACAUCGCUUGGGAAGUGGAAAAAGGAACCUGAAUUGGCAGCAUUUGUAUUCAAAACUGCUGUGGUUCUUGUCUAUAAAGAUGGCUCCAAACAGAAGAAAAAAUUGGGAGGAUCACACAGGGCUUCAAUAUACGAAGACUCAGACCCAUUCCGUUUCCGUCACAUGAUUCCUUUAGAAGCUCUGCAAGUUCGGGCACCAGCAAGCGCAGAUACAGAGGCCAAUUCUGUCUGUGAGAUUGUUCAUGUGAAGUCUGAGUCUGAAGGCAGGCCAGAGAGGUCAUUCCACCUUUGUUGUAGUUCCCCAGAUCAUCGGAAGGACUUUCUGAAGUCUAUUCACUCAAUAUUACGCGACAAGCACAGAAGGCAGCUUCUUAAAACUGAAAGUUUGCCUUCAUCCCAGCAGUAUGUUCCUUUUGGAGGAAAAAGACUGAGUGCUUUAAAAGGUGCAAGGCCAGCUAUGAACAGGGCAGUGUCUGCCCCAAGCAAGUCUCUUGGGAGGCGGAGGAGGAGGCUGGCUCGAAACAGAUUUACCAUUGAUUCAGAUGCCGUGUUCGCCAGCAGUCCCGAAAAAGAGUCCCAGCAGGCCUCCAACAACAAGGACACUGACCGCUGGGUAGAAGAACAGUUUGACCUCGGCCAGUAUGAAGAGCAAGAGGACAUUAAAGAAACCGACAUUCUCAGUGAUGACGACGAAUACUGCGAGCCUCUGAGGAGCACCAUGGUGGAAAAAGAACUUCAGGAGCAGCUACAGGCGGCUUCCAUUACAAGCAGCCAGUCGUGCCGAGGCGACAAAGUGCGGUUCGCUUUGGGGACGCACGCGUCCAGAAUGGCUCAGCUAAAGAAGCAAUCUGCUCUCUCUGGAAUUAAUGGCAGCAUGGAAGCCAACAGUGAAGAGGUCAUCUGGGUCCGCCGUGAAGAUUUCGUACCACCAAGGAAACUGAACACUGAGCUUUAGACCUGCCACUUUCUCAUUAGAUGGUAGGCAUAGAUGUGCCCCCAACCCACCCCUUACACAUUGUGGAGAAUGACCCUAUGGAAUGCACACUUGCACAUACAGUUAUGGCAGCUAAACUGGUUGAAACCACACAGCCUCCUCCUCCCCUUUCUCUUUUCCCUUAAGGUAAUACAUAACAGGGGAGAAGGAAGCAAAACAAACUGGAAUGAGCUUGAGUCCUUCUCUGUACAUUACCAAGGGCUUUAUUUAUUCGAAACUAAUCAGGCGCUGCAUAUUGAAAUGGGAUGCAUAGAUCUUACUAGAAUACACAUUGCUGUGGUUGUGUGUAUGUGGUUUUCUU